GAAGAGAAGACAGGCCCUCGCUUUCCUACCCACAGGCUGUCCUCCCCAAAACCUAGGCAACAGCCUCCGAGGCACCACAGAAGCCUCUCCAAGCACAUGGAUUCAGCACCACCGCCCCGGGACAUUUGAGGCCUGCACAUGAGGAGUUUGCUUGCUCUCUUGGAGGACUAGCUGAGUGCCCCUAAAGAAGGCGUUGCCCUCCCCACACUCCUUCCACUUUCGGAACUGAGCUCUGCCUUGCCACCACACCUCCUCUCCAGAAGCCAGGGCAGAGGGCCCCCACCCUGGCAGUCACCGUGUCAGCUAAACAAAGCACAAGCAUGCACCACUUCAGCAGGGUCCGGGAUUUUGUGGUUGAGCUGGACCAGGCCCGGGGCCCCGGAGCCGUCUACUGGGGAGGGGAAGUGCUGUCUGGCCAGGUGGUGCUGGAUGUCGCCAAAGGCCUGAAGGUGAGAGCCCUGGCAGUCUGCGCUCGGGGCCUGGCUACAGCGCACUGGCUAGAGAGUAAGAACAUUGGCAUGAACACUGUCUACAGCGACUACACGGCCUUCGAGACCUACUUGAGGAGACGGCAACACCUGAUCCGAGACAAUGGCGACAUCACAGUCCUUCAGGCUGGCCGGCACGAAUUCCCCUUCACUUUCCAGCUUCCCGAGACCUUGGCCACCUCCUUCGAGGGCAAACAUGGGAGCAUCCGCUACUGGAUUAAAGCCAAGCUCCACCGGCCGUGGGCUUCCGCCAAGAGAGCCAAAAAGGAAUUCACCGUCAUUGAGCCCAUUGAUAUAAACACACCGGCAUUGCUGGCUCCUCAAGCUGGUGCCAAAGAGAAACUGGCUCGGGCAUGGUACUGCAACCGUGGACUGGUCUCUGUCUCCGCCAAGAUUGACAGGAAAGGCUACACCCCAGGUGAGGUCAUCCCCAUCUUUGCUGAGAUCGACAACUGCACCACCCGCACAGUGGUGCCCAAGGCUGCCAUCAUCCAGACGCAGACGUUCAUUGCCCGGGGCACCAAGAAGCAGAAGAAGUCUGUGGUGGCCAGUAUCGUGGGGGACUCCAUUGCGGCUGGCAAGAGGGAGGUGUGGCACGGGCGAGCGCUCAAGAUCCCGCCCGUGGGGCCCUCCAUCCUCCAGUGCCGCGUCAUCCACGUGGAGUAUGCACUCAAGGUCUGCAUCGACAUCCCUGGGACUUCCAAGCUGUUCCUGGAGCUUCCACUGGUGAUCGGGACAAUUCCUCUACACCCAUUUGGCAGCCGCACGUCCAGCAUCAGCAGCCAGUACAGUGUCAAUAUCGACUGGCUCCGGCUGGGCAUCCCUGAGCAGCCUGAAGCACCCCCUGACUACUCCUCUGUCGCGUCCAGCGAGGGAUGCAUUGAGGCCUUGGCGCCCCCUUGCCAGGAUGUACCCUCCAAUGCCCUCGAAGGGUCGUUCUUUGCCUACAUCCAAGAAUUCCGCUUCCGGCCUCCUCCACUAUACUCUGAGGUGGACCCCAACCCUCCCUCGGAGAGCAACAGCCGUCCACGCUGCAUGACUUGCUGAGAGAGGCGUUGGUGUCAGAAUGGAAAGCCUGCCUCUUGGCAGGGGAGUGGCUGCACUAUCGGCUCAGGGGGAAUAAUCCCUCGCCCACCCAUCCCUCAGGGAAGCGACUCCGCAUGCCCAACCUCUGAAUUGGUGCUGAGCGCAGAACGUGCGCGCCGGACUCUCCAGGUGGGCGGGCGGGAGUUCAUCCAGCUCGUUUGGUGAUGGGGAUGAUGCACGGCUGGCCACAGCCCCAUGGAGUGACCUCCGAGCCUUGGACCGUGGCCGUGAUCGCCCGUCUUCUGCCUGAGACUUUUCUGUGCUGGCUCCCCCCCCCUCAGCCUCCUCUGGCAUUUCCCACAUGGUGCCUUUUAGGAGAAGGAAGUUGAGCCUGGGCCCUCAAGGGGAAAUUGUUGUCAGCACUUCUGAUAUUUCAUGGAUCACCCAGUUUUGCUUUCUCUGUUAAGACUAGUCCGACCUGCAAUACCCACAGGAACAGGCAGUGGAGGGGGAAGGGGGGGGUGUCCCAGGAGGUGAAAGGAUAGCUUGUGGGGUGCAGCGACAGGGGUCUGCCGGUAGGUCACCUGCCUUUUUACCCACUUCAAAUGGAGUUUAACUGUAAUUGCACUGGGGUUUGUGGAGAGGAUUGCACAGCUUGCAUCUGAUGCUUUCUUACUUGCAGCUUCGGUUAUCCACUGUGUUUGAACUGUGGGGUGGGAGCUGGAAGAUCUGUUUGUAGGGGCCGGAGGGGGGAGGGAGGAGGCAGGUUGGCAGGAUGUUAAAGCAAUGCUUUGCCCUGGAGUGGUGAAAGCUAACCCCAUGGAAAAGGGGCAGACUGUUUGGAAGGUUUUUGGCCUUUUCAGGAUGGGUCCGGAAUAGACCCCAAAUCCUGGGCAUUUGGAAGGGAGGGAAGUUAGAGGGUUUCUCUCUCUCUCUCUCUCUCUCUCUCUCUCUCUCUCUCUCUCUCUCUCUCUCUCUCUCUCUCUCUCUCUCUCUCUCUCUCUCUCUCUCUCUCUCUCUCUCUAAAA